GGUUUACAUUUCCAUACUCUCAGCGAGUCCACUGACUCAUUCUAUCUGAUCAUCUGAGUACGAGCUCGGCACUAUCUCCAUUCUCUGCUCGCUCUUUUUUCUCUGCCUUCUCUUUCUCCCUCUUCUGUAAAUGCAUCACUAAUCUGAGAAAGAAGGACCAAAGCCAAGCCAUGUCUUCUUCAAUGAAAGAAAGUCACGCCACCACCGCCUUUUAGGCAUACCCAACAACUACCAUACACACAAAAAAAGGAAAAAAAAACCAGUUUUAGGUUUCAAAUUCUCUAUUCACAAAAAUUGUCUUUUUUUUUUUUACCAGCAAACACUACCAAACCCACUUCUCAAAGCUUUCUUUACUUGGGUUUGUUUUGUUAGAUUGAUGUCGAAAAAGGGUAUUUUUUAGUUUUGUUAGCCUAACUACCUUCCUUAGACUGCGUUUAGUGUUAAAAAUGGGUUGUGCACAGUCGAGAAUAGAGAAUGAGGAGUCUGUUUCGAGAUGUAAGGAACGGAAAAUCUUGAUGAAAGACGCCGUAGUUGCUAGAAACGCCUUCGCCGCUGGCCAUUCUGGCUACGCCGUAGCGUUGAAGAACACUGGCGCCGCCUUGAGUGAUUACGCCCAUGGUGAAACUGAGGAGCCGCCACAGCUUCACCCACAUCACCAUCAACAGGACAUGGAAGCCACUUCGGAACCGCCGCCGCCGCCUCCUCCUCCGCUCGAUAAUCUUCCCCCGCCGCCGCCUCCUCUUCCCAAUUUCUCGCCCAGCCCGCAGCUCAAGCGCGCUACGAGCUUGCCAGAGAUCCCUACGAUGCAUCGGAAACCCGGACGCAAAAAUCAUUCCCUCGCCAUUGCUGAAGAGGAUGAGGAAGAAGAAGAAGAGGACGAAGAGCGGAGCCAAGUUAUACACCGAGCGCGGGGCCCGCGAAAUGGUGCCCAGAAAGUGGUGCAGUCGUCUUCGUCGUCGUCGCCGUCACGUACCCCAAAGUUGAUGAAGUCGGUGCCGCCGAUGCCGGAGUCGAAGGGCAUGGCAUGGGAUUAUUUUUUCAAUGUAGAGAAUAUGCCUGGAUCCUUGGGUGCAGAGAAUGAAAAUGGGGCUGAGAACGACGAGCAUGAUACUAUGGAUUUUGACGAAGCUGAGAAUGUGAACGGUGGGGGAGUUAGGAUCGAUGAGGUUGAGCCUAAGACGCCUGAGAAGGUGGAGGAUAAGCCACAGGAGGCGGUGGAGUUGGUUUUGCCGAAGCCGAUUGAGCAUUCGCAUACGGCUCCGCCGGAGUUUAGGAGAGCUGUAAAAGAGGCUUCGACUUCGAGUGUGAGCUUGAUACAUGUAUUGGGUCAGAUUGAUGAUAAUUUCUUAAGGGCCUCGGAGGGUGCUCAGGAGGUUUCGAAGAUGCUUGAGGCCACUCGACUACACUAUCACUCCAAUUUCGCAGACAAUCGAGGACAUAUAGAUCAUUCUGCCAGGGUUAUGCGGGUCAUUACAUGGAAUAGGUCAUUCAAAGGCAUACCCAAUGGAGAUGGUGGGAAAGAUGAUUUUGAUUCAGAAGAGUACGAAAGUCAUGCCACAGUUUUGGAUAAGUUGUUAGCUUGGGAAAAGAAACUCUACGAUGAAGUUAAGCAAGGCGAGUUAAUGAAGCUAGAAUAUCAAAGAAAGGUUUCUAUUCUGAACAAGCAGAAGAAACGUGGGGCCAGUGCUGAAUCUUUGGAAAAAACUAAAGCGGCUGUUAGUCAUUUGCACACAAGAUAUAUUGUUGACAUGCAGUCCAUGGAUUCUACAGUUUCAGAAGUAAAUCGGUUACGUGAUGAGCAGUUAUACCCAAAGCUUGUUAGUCUCGCUAAUGGGAUGGCAAAAAUGUGGGAAACUAUGUGCGCUCACCACGAAAGUCAGCUGAAGAUUGUUACAGAGCUGAAGGCCCUUGACCUUGCUAAUGCUCCAAAAGAAACAACCAAGCACCACCAUGACCGUACCAUCCAACUUUUUAAUGUUGUCCAAGACUGGAAUUCACAAUUUGAUAAGCUUGUGACUUAUCAAAAACAAUAUAUUCAGGCUCUUAACAGUUGGUUAAAGUUGAAUCUCAUUCCUAUUGAAAGCAGCUUAAAAGAGAAAAUCUCAUCCCCACCAAGAGUCCCAAGUCCACCAAUUCAAGCUCUUCUCCAUCAAUGGCACGACUUGAUUGAAAAGCUUCCAGAUGAAGUUGCCAAAUCUGCCAUUUCAUCCUUCGCUGCUGUGAUAAAGACCAUAAUACUUUAUCAGGAUGAAGAAAUGAAGCUAAAGGAGAAGUGCGAGGAGACUCAGAAGGAGUACCUUCGCAAACGUCAGGUAUUUGAGGAAUGGCAUCAGAAGUACACACAGCGGAGGGGGCCUGAAGAAACAGAUCCUGAAAGAGGUGAGGAUGCAAAUGCCAAGGAUCCCAUCUGGGAGAAACAGUUCGCAGUUGAGAGCCUGAAGAAGAGGUUAGAUGAUGAAGUUGAAGCUCACCAGAGACAUUGUCUCCAGGUGAGAGAAAAGUCACUUGGGGGCCUGAAAAAUCGAUUGCCUGAGCUUUUCCGUGCCAUGUCAGACUACUCUCAUGCCUGUGUGGAGGGCUACGAAAAGCUGAGGUCAAUUACAAAAUCACACAAAUUAAAUGGUGGUCCGCAAGCAUAAGCUCCAACUCUCCUGGGAUAGUUUAUCCAACCUGUAUCUUAUUUAAUAAAUAGAUAGCUUUUGCAUGAGACACAGAAAAUGUUUUUUAAUCCGGAGGUUGUGGAAAUUUUUGUUGUCACUGGGCUACUUUAGCCUUCCACAUACAAAGUCAAAAUCGUAGGCAAGUCUUGUGUGACUCUCAGAAAUGUUGGAUGUAAUUUUUGUGGUCACUCUUCUGUUUAAACACUUUUGUUUUAACUAGCUAGUAGCUAAUGUUAAAUGUGCUAUUUAAUUUAAAGACCUUCAA